AUGGAGUAUGUCGGGAGUCAGCUUUCUUGGCUCCAGGGCGCAGCGAGACAGACCAUAGACGACCGUGAAGCGGAUGCCAACAAGCAGUGCAGGAGAGUUCAGAACCGGAAGAAUCAAAGAGCACACCGACUACGCCUCAAGGGCAGAGACUCAAAUCAUAGUCAGGAGUCGCGCCCAUUCCGGGUGAGGCGCUGGCGCCUCGACGAGCCCGAGCAUAUUCCCUCACAGGAAAUCUCGCUAGCAUCGGGACGUGCGACAAACACUUCGUUCUCCCUGCAACCGCCUUACACGUACACAGGCAUACCACGCUCUACAGCCAAGCGUACAGACGUCCUACGAGGAUCACCAUCCACUGCCCACCACCAGCCCGUAAAUUUGGAACCCCUGCCCUUUACUUUUCCUUUGUCCUUGGACCAUCUCCUCCAUCUCAUUCAGUAUAAUGUCUUCCGCGCCUUCAUCUCUAAUAUGCGUACUCUCAACACCGUACCCGUCGACUCGACCAUCUGCACCAUUUCUUCGCCCUGUCAUGACGACACGGCCCUCUACCCUAUCAAGCGCGACAUCCCUCCCUGCCUCAUCCCCACGGCCCUCCAGCAAACUCGCGACCACUCAUCCUGGAUUAACGUCAUCCCCUUUCCCAGCCUCCGUGACAACCUUAUCAGAUACGAAGGCCGGUUCGACCCUUGGGAGCUGAUGCAAGACCUUGUCGGUGAUCUAUUGAACUCGACGCCAGUGCAGCGACGACGAGACGCGCCCGUUCCUGCCAAAGUUCCCGAAGCUCAACGGCCCCUAGCCCUUUCAUCUGGGAUGGAUCUAGAUGAAGUGACCGCCGGACGUACCGGGCUCAUUGUCUGGGGCGAGCCGCACGAGAUGAAGAGCUGGGAGGCCACGCCCGGUUUUCUCGCGAAAUGGGCAUGUUUCGCGGAGGGCUGCGAUGAGUUGGUGGAAAUAAGCAACCACUGGAGGAUGAAAAGAGGAGAGGAACCUAUAAGACUCGCGAUGUCGAGGAGCUACCCGUCACCACCGCUCUCGCACGUAGCGUUGAGUGGAGGAUAG